UGAGAGUUUUCUCCUUGAAGUUCCUUUGAGAACUACAUCUCGAACUCCAAUCGAAUUCAUUGGUGUUCUUCGGCUUAUCAAGCAUUAAUCCGCAAGUGCUUGUGGCGCCUUCGCUGUUGGCUAGAGUUCCUAAGUCGGGUUUGACAAGGGUUAGAGACGGCCUAUUCCAGCAUAAGUUCUAAUCAUGUCAGGAAACGAACGUGCUAAUGAACCACCACCAGCUGAUGUCAAUGGACCACAGUUGAUGGAUGUUAUAGCAGGCUUACAGCGCAUGAUGGAGACAAUGCAACAACGACUGGAUAUGAUGGAAAUUAACAACCGAGCAAAUUUGCAAGCUCAACCCUUUCCACCACCGGAAGAAGAAGCAUUUGAGCACGAUCCUUAUCCUGCACAGAGAGCGCCACGUCAAGCUCCACGCCGAGGAGAGCGAGUUGAAGAUGACGACUUAAGCGGUAUUAAGAUGGAGAUUCCUAACUUCAGUGGAAGGAAUGAUGCAGAAAUCUACCUUGAGUGGGAGCGAAAGGUGGAGAUGGUAUUUGAUUGCCAUCGAUAUUCUGAGCUAAAAAAGGUAAAGCUAGCAGCUGCGAGAUUCAACGAUUAUGCGCUCUUGUGGUGGGAUCAAUUGGUUAUAUCCAGAAGACGCAAUAGGGAAAGAUCGAUCGUGACUUGGGAGGAGAUGCGAAAUGCGAUGAGGCGACGUUUUGUACCAGCACACUUUCAUCGUGAGGUACAUCAACGUUUGCGUAGACUUGUACAGGGUAAUCGAAAUGUUGAAGAUUACUACAAGGAGAUGGAGAUGCUUAUGAUCCGUGCUGGCAUAGAAGAGGAUCCAGAAGCAACCAUGGAGCGGUUUAUUGGAGGGUUACACCUUGAUAUUCAAGACCGCGUAGAAACUCACCAAUACGGAGACAUAGAGGAUCUAUUGCACCUUGCCAUCAAGAUUGAGCAGCAGCUUAAGAGGAAGGGCAAAUCGGGUCAGAAAUUUGGGAGCACGUCUCAAGGCUCUCGUCCUGACUAUGUCAAACCGGAGCGUUCGUUGCCUCACCCUACUAACGAACCGAAGAGCGAUGUGUCCAAGCACAAGAACACACAUACGGGUAACACUAAUCCUCCUCUCCGAACUCGUGAUAUUAAGUGUUACAAAUGUUUGGGCAAUGGGCAUUUUGCGAGGGAAUGUCCAAACCGAAGGACAAUGGUGAUACGGACCAAUGGUGAGUUGGUUUCCGACGAUGAUGAGGUCGAUGACUCUCAACCAGCGAAAGUUAUGGACGAUGAUUAUGCUAGUGAUGGGAUGGAUCAAUUUCCUGCCAAAGGAGAGCUUUUGGUAGCAAGGAGAGCUCUCAACAUUAAUGCAAAGGAGGAAACAGAUGAGCAACGUGAGAAUAUAUUCCACACUCGUGCCUAUGUCCAAGGCAAGGUAUGUAUUCUCAUCAUAGACGGUGGAAGCUGCACUAAUGUGGCUAGCACAUCACUUGUAGAGAAGCUGAACUUGUCCACUACGAAACACCCACGACCUUAUAAGCUACAAUGGCUUAAUGAUAGUGGAGAGACACGGGUAUUCAAGCAAGUUCGAGUGCCUUUUCGCAUUGGUAAGUAUGAAGAUGAGGUACUUUGCGAUGUAGUACCGAUGCAGGCAGACUUGUUCAGUAGGGUUAUUAUCUAUAUGUUUAAGGUUUACAACUGA